AAAAGAUUCGAGUCCUAAUAUGGGAAUGAGCCUCUUUGAUCUCUUCCGGGGCUUUUUCGGCUUUCCUGGACCUCGGAGCCACAGAGAUCCCUUUUUUGGAGGGAUGACUCGAGAUGAAGAUGAUGAUGAGGAAGAAGAGGAAGAAGGGGGCUCAUGGGGCUGUGGGAACCCAAGGUUCGAUAGUCCUCAGCACCCCGCCCCUCCCCCCCGCCCCACCGAGGAAUUUGGCUUUGGCUUCAGCUUCAGCCCAGAAGGAGGGAUACGUUUCCACGAUAACUUCGGCUUUGAUGACCUAGUACAAGAUUUCAAUAGCAUCUUCAGCAAUAUGGGGGCCUGGACCUUGCCUUCCCAUCCUCCUGAACUUCCAGGUUCUGAGUCAGAGACACCUGGUGAGAGACUGCAGGAGGGACAGGCACUUCGAGAAUCAAUGCUUAAGUAUCCAGAUAGUCACCAGCCCAGGAUCUUUGAGAGGGUCUUGGAGAGUGAUGCAAGAAGUGAAUCCCCCAAACCAGCACCAGACUGGGGUUCCCAGAGACCAUUUCAUAGGUUUGAUGACAUAUGGCCUGUGGACCCCCAUCCUAGAGCCAGAGAGGACAAUGAUCUUGAUUCCCGGGUUUCCCAGGAGGGUCUUGGCCCGGUUCUACAGCCCCAGCCCAGAUCCUAUUUCAAGAGCAUCUCUGUGACGAAGAUCACUAAGCCAGAUGGGAUAGUGGAGGAGCACUUGACUGUGGUGGACAGUGAGGGCCAGACAGAGACCACCGUAACCCAACACGAAGCAGAUAGCAGUCCUAGGAUGAUCCAGAAUCACCAAGACCUCCAGCCCUGGAUGAUGCCUUCUCCACCCUGGACUUAUUCCUAG